AUGAGCACUUCUCCUCCAGUUGUAGAAAAUGAAUCAGAUGAAGAUUUCAGAGCUCUGUUGUUGAAGCACGGCGUUGAAGAUGCCGUGUGCUACGAUAAUGUACUAUUUAUUCCACGUGAGAAGUUGAUGAAUAGUGACAACACUGAUGCAAAAGAAAUCAUUAAUCAAAUGCUCGUUGAUAUCAGUGUUUUAGUGUAUGUUCACCCUGAACAUAAUUCAGAUACGGAAGACGAUCAUGUAUCCGAAAAUGGCUCAAUUGAUUUCGUUGCUGCAAGUGAAGCUUCUAUUAAUAAAUUUGAGAAAUGUUUAAAUGAAAAUGAACUACUAUGUAAUAUUUGUUUUGAGAAUGUCCAUAAUGAUGUAGAAGUUAGAAAGCUACCUUGCAAACACUCCUAUCAUGGAGAAUGUAUUGUGAAGUGGCUAAAGACUAGCAAAUAUUGUCCACUUUUGUAG